CCCCGAGCUGGGCCGGCCGGGGGCGGCGGCGGCGCGGAGGGAUCGAACAUGUCCACUGAGGCCCAAAGAGCUGGUGACCGUCCCAGCACUAGUGUAGGGAGUUCCGGUGGAAACCAACGUGGAAGUGUCCGGCAGGAACCAGAAAGGGAACAAGUCCAGCCCAAGAAGAAGGAGGGGAAAGUAUCCAGCAAAACAGCUGCUAAGCUGUCCACGAGUGCUAAAAGAAUUCAGAAGGAACUUGCAGAGAUGACGUUGGAUCCUCCUCCCAACUGUAGCGCCGGGCCCAAAGGAGACAACAUUUAUGAGUGGAGGUCAACGAUAUUGGGGCCCCCAGGAUCUGCCUACGAAGGAGGGGUGUUCUUUCUUGACAUCACCUUUUCACCGGACUAUCCGUUCAAACCCCCUAAGGUGACCUUCCGGACAAGAAUCUACCACUGUAACAUCAACAGCCAAGGCGUGAUCUGUCUGGACAUCCUAAAGGACAACUGGAGUCCGGCCCUCACCAUUCCUAAGGUUCUCCUCUCCAUCUGCUCACUUCUUACAGACUGCAACCCUGCUGACCCCCUGGUGGGCAGCAUCGCCACGCAGUACAUGACCAACAGAGCGGAGCACGACCGGGUGGCCCGGCGGUGGACCAAGCGGUACGCCACCUAGGGCCUGCUGCCGCCCGCCGGCCCCGUGCAG